ACUACCACUCUCAUUCUAACCCAACUCAAACACCACCUUCUACCUCAUUCCUACAUCCUUAAACACUUGUUUUUUUCUGUUACGUACGUUCUUCUUCUUCUUCUUUUUCUGAAGAUAUGGCUGAUCAAUCUUCUGGAGACGUUGAUCUAAGGUUGGGAGAACCCAAGGGGCCGAAAGUGGAGCCCGAGACGGAGGAGGGCUCCGCGAUACGUGUCAUGCCGGUGGCUGUGCACGUGCCGUCAGGGAUGUCCAUGUCUGUGUCCAAGGCCCUGGCCCAAGCCCAGGCCCAACCGCAGAAGCGGGCCUCCACCAAGGACCGCCACACCAAAGUCGAGGGCCGAGGCAGGAGGAUCCGAAUGCCCGCCACGUGUGCGGCGCGGAUCUUCCAGCUCACCCGAGAACUAGGCCACAAGUCAGACGGCGAAACCAUCCGCUGGCUCCUCGAACACGCCGAGCCAGCCAUCAUCGCCGCUACCGGCACCGGCACCGUCCCCGCCAUCGCCAUGUCCGUCAACGGCACGCUCAAGAUUCCGACCACCUCCCCCUCCGACCCGGAACUCGGAGACCCGCCCGAGAAAAAAAAGCGCAAGCGACCCGCCAACAGCGCCUACGUGGACGUAAACGACGGCGCCGUUUCGGUCCCCGCCGGCCUCGCGAGCUCCAACAAGCAAAGCGCGAGGACGAUCACGACGACCGCCUCAACGACGCCCGCAAUUCCGCAGCACACCGCGAUUCCGCUCCCGCAGGGCGUGGUCCCUGUGUGGGCCGUGCCUUCAAACGCUGUCGUUCCGGCUGCAGGCGCGUUCUUCGUCGUCCCCCAAGCCGCGUCUUUUCAGCACCAUCCGCAGUUUUUCACCAUAGCACGACCUAUCUCCGCGUUUGUCUCCUCCAUGGUCACCCCUGUUCAACUCCAACCAACCUCCACAUCCUCUUCUUCAAACGCUAACUCUUCCUCCACCGCGCCGUCGUCGAAGUCCCCGGCCAGAGCCACCGUCAUGGCUCCAACCACCACCACCACAACUCACAUGCUGAGAGAUUUCUCGUUGGAGAUUUACGACAAACAAGAGCUGCAGUUCAUGUCGCGCGCGUCUUCCAAGCAUUGAGAGGAGAACCAGAACCAGAAGGAGAAGGCAGAGAAGGCGUUGAAUCUGGUUUCCCCGCGACGACGUCGUUGGGAGCGAGAGGAAGAGCACGUGCGCACGUGAUGCCGGAUUAAAAAUGGUGGGACCACGUGCAUUGAUGUGGGACACCACCAAAAGUGGAGGGUAUGGUGGGGGACCCGGUGGGGUAAUACGUAACUAGUACCACAAGUUCAGAACUACUAGUACUCAAUUUUUUCUUAUUUCCCAAAAUAAUGUUAAUAAUAAAUAAUAGUCAGAAUAAAAUUUACAUUUUAAUUUC